CUUCAAGUUAAAGAAUAACUGAUAUUGAAUUGGUAUUGAUAAUGCUGUUCACAUUCCAAUCUUAAAAACAUUUUAAAAAUAUCUGAGCAAUUACAAAUCAUCACACAUGUAGUUUCAGCGAACGCAAAAAGACUGCAAAGUAAUUUGUCCAUAAAAUUGUCUAAUUGUGUACACUGAUCAACCUAAAUGUACAUGUAAAUACAAAUGUUAUGUCAUUUCUGAAGAGAGGAAGGAAUCUUCUGUGUGCAUGCGGUGGGAACCAAGGUCAGGCUACCAUUAACAAAGAUGACAUGCCAUACUCUAAAGAGAGUCCUUCAGAAGCCCAGGCUCAGAGCAACAGUGAAUUUACCUCAAAUGAUCAACUGAAUCUCGAUGAAAAUGAUAACUUUGAUGCCGGCUCCAUUGUGUAUGUGCUAGAAGAUCAAGAAGAUAGUGGAGCAGUUGUCAUUAAGGACUGUAGUAAUGUAACCAUAGGAACCACCAAUAUUUACAAUUUAGGUUUAAAGGCAGAUGAACUAUUGGACAAGAACAAGGCAUAUGUGAUCAUGCCCCGAGAGCUCAUGAAAGAACAGGAAGACAAACUGCAGGAGCAAGAAGAUGAAAUAAGAGACCUGAAAAGUAGACUCGCUGACCACGACCUAAUGGUUAACACCCUCUUUAACAGACCGAGUGAAACUGGCCGCAGGUAUGUCACAAGCUGGUCCUGCGAAUUCAUCGAUGAUACAAAAGAUGAAGAUGAUAAAAUGGACGAUACACAAUGACACUGACAAACACAUGCAUUUGUACAAGACGCUACCUGAUUUUGAUGUACAUUACACAUUUAACAAUUCAGUUUUCAGUUUAAAUUUGAAGAGCUUGUAUUUAUAUUAGAAUAUCUAACCUGCUAAAACAGUAUUGUAUUUUGCUUCCAAUGUAUUAUUCUUUUUGCCAAAAAUAAAAAUAUUUUUGAAAAUAUUAGAAUUUGUGUGUGUUGCAGGCACGAUUUUGUGUAAAAUAAAUAAACUACG